AUGUCGACCGGCGCGAUGUCGACCGGCGCAAUGCCAACGGGCGCAAUUCCAGCGAACAUAACAUCAGGCGCAAUUCCAGGGAACGCAACAUCAACAAGCGCAACUCCAACGGACGCAAUGCCAGGCGCAAUCGGAACGCACGGCGCGCGCAGGUCGCGGGACGUCAGCGCAGACCAAGAAGCAAUGGCGCUCCUCAGCGCGCAGCUGGACGAGCAAGCGCGAAAAGAAGCCGAAGAGAAAGCCCAGAGCGAGAAGGUGCUCAAGCAGGAGCAGGAGCGGAUGGAGGCGCAGCUGGAGCAGGCGGACCGGGACGGGAUGCCGACGGAGGUCAAAGUCGGGAUCGUCAAGGACAUGUACAUGCGGAGCUUCGCGGCGGGAAAGGCGCGGGACAAGGAGCUCGAGGCGCUGACGCUGCAGCGGUCGCAGCUGGCGGCGCAACUGCAGGAACUGCACGCGGAGAACGGCAAGCUGUUUGAGGACACGAAGAAGCUGACGACGACGAUGAACGAGCUCCGCGAGGCGAUGGAGACGCAGCAGGAGGCGCUGAGCGGGGAGCCCGGGACGAGGGUGCUGGAGCAGAUGGAGUCGUUUAAGAGAGUGCAGCAGCGGGAGCGCGAGCUGAUGGAGCGGUUCAAGGACCACGAGACGCAGGCCGCGGUGCUGGAGCAGCAGCUUGCGGCGGCUCACGCGUCGAUCGAGCAGUACCGGACGCGCAUGGCGGCCAGCGAGCAGGCGAGCGGGCAGUGGGCCGAGAACAUCCAGAUGUACACGGGGUGGCUGUCGAACGAGAACCUGCAGCUGCGGCGGCACCUGAACGAGCUGAGCACGCAGAUGCUGGCGCAGCGGACCGCGGACGCCGGCAGGUGGACCGGCGGCUCGACGUUGGGGCUGACGAGCCGGUUCCAGAGCCUGCUGACCCGGCCGCGGGCGACGGUGUCGGUGCUCACCACCGGCACGAUGGACGUGGGCAUGGACGACGCGUUCGACGUGGACAUGCCCAUGCCCACCGCAGCGGAGAAGCACAAGACGCCCCCCGGGAUCCGCGCGAACCGGCGCGUCGGCAAGACCAAGACGGCCGCCAAACGGCCCGGCGCGAUAGGACCACGAGGCGCGAGGCCGGCGGACUGCAGGAAGGGGUUCUCGGAGCGCCGCGCCGCCAGCACAUACCUGCAGUACCGGGACGGGCGGAGCGAGAAGCAAGCCAUGGGGGCGCUGAAGCCGCGCGGCCGGAAAGCCGGGAUGGCGCGGGGUGCAGCGCGCAAGCGCACGCGGCUGGGCACGAUGCUCGAGUGGCAGCGGCGGAUUGAGGCCGUGACGGCGACGCGCGCGCUGCCGGUCAUCCCGCGCAGUCUCGUGCGGGUGGCGGCGGAGGCAUACACCAAGCGCGCGGACAGGGAGCUGUCGGCGCUGAUGAUGGCCAAGUGGAAUGUGGACGAGAAGAGGAAAGAUGCCGGCGUUUCGACGGAAGACGACGGGGCCUUUGGCAAGCUGAUCACGAUCACCAAGACGGUCGAGCCGUUCAUCCCGCGGCUCAAGACGUUCUCAGGGCCGAUGUACCUCCCCAAGACACCAGAGGCCCUGAGCAAGGACGAGCGCUCGCACUGGUCCAGGAUCACACACACCUGGACCCUCGGACCGGCAAAGAAGCCCAAGAGCAAGGGUGAGAACAAGGGUAAGAGCAAGGGCAAGGCCAAAGAAGCCAAGAAGCACGUCCGGUUCGCCGACGCGGUCGAGUUCGAGCCGACGCUGCGGCUUCAGCAGAAAGUCGUCUACGAGCCCUGGGACCAGGACGACAGCACCUUCCGGUGGAGCCACCUGAUCAUCGCGAUCCUGCUGGUGCUGCUGAUGCUCUCGCACUUCAACCCGGACGGGCGCGUGUGGAGCUGGCAGGAGGCAAACGAGCGGCCGGAGGACAUCGUGGCCAGGCUGAGGGUUCCGGGGCCCGGCGAUGCGAGGGUGCCGGUGCUGGACUUUGAGGUUGGGAAGGUGAGUGAUGUUGAUGCGGGGUUAUUGGGCUGA